AUGGGCUUGGACACAGCCCAGCUCAAUAGUUCUCUGUCGUUCCACGGUCUUCCGAAGCUUUGCCCCCGAGCCAGAUCCGAUCCUGGGUCAGACUUCGAAUCUGCUUGCAAUCGCUCACAACGAAAUAGUCCAGUUGACGAAGAAGAACCGGCGGGCGAUCUGGACGCCAAUGUUCCAGAGCCCGAAUCCAAACUGAAGAAGCGUACCCUCGACUUUCAUUCGGACUCCGACGACCCUACAAAGAACAGCCCUCCAAAGAAAUGCAAGCCCAUCCUCCCUACGACAAAGAAACUUAGCCGUCCCAUACCUCCAAAGACGCCCAUCCUUCCUACGGCUCCGAAGGCAUUUCCGAAGAAACCUGUUCCUACGACUCCACGUACGCCUGCGCCCGUCACUGACUCGACUCCACGUACGGACCACGCGCACCAAUCAUGGAUUGAGCUUGCUCAUUGA